CGACACAACAAGCUCUUCAAACGCUGCUCUUGUGAAACGUAAUAUCUGUUUGCGUACCUCAAAGUCAAGAAGAAAAAUAAGAGGAACCAAAUAUUUUUUCUCAGAGUUUCAUCUGCAUCAGAGGAUGAACAGUACAACGCCGACCGUGAACCAGGGCGCGUACCAUUCUGUCCUCGUCGCCAUCUAUUCAGUGGUUCUGGUCUGCGGAACCAUCAGCAUCGCUCUGAUGUUUCGCAUCAUGAAAUGCAGAGCAUCCUCCACGGCCUCCAUCACUGUGAUCUACCUCAUCUUCGCCCACUUCAUUUUCCUUCUCACUGUGCCCUUCAGGAUUUACUACUACUCAAGCGGCCAGUGGAUGUUGGGCGUGGCCUGGUGUAAGAUUGUCAGCAGCCUCAUCCACGUGCACAUGUACACGUGUUUUGUGUUCUAUACCAUUAUCAUCAUAACGCGACUCAAGCUCUUCUAUAACAAAUCUGAGAUUGUCACUUACCAUUCCAAGGUCCUCCCCUUGCUGAUAGGUGCCGUCGUGUCGGUCGCGGUGUUUAUCGUGGUCAUCAUUGUUAUCGGGUUCCGCUACGGCAGCAGCAGCAGCUCCAACUGCUCCAACAGCUCCAACUGCUCCAACAGCUCCAACAACGACACCCAUUGUUUCCAGUUUGGCACCAGCAUCCAGGAUUCGACAGCAGCGAAGGUGCUCAACUACAUCACCUGCGUGCUGAUCAUUGUGGUGACCGUGGUGUUGACUGCACUUCAAGUGAAUGUCCUGCGGCUUCUCAACCUGAAUAAUGGACAAGGAUGCACGCAACAGCUGGACUAUGGGAUUCAUCAGAAGAGCCUGUUGUUUGCCGUCAUCAUGCUGGUCUGUUUUGUCCCUUACCACGCUUUCCGGUUGAAUUACUUGGAAAACGUGGAACAACUACAGAAUAUCAAUGAAGUCUUCCUGAGUCUGACCACUUUCAACUGCUUGGAUCUACUCACCAUCUUAGGUGGACAAUCUUGCAAGAAGUGCUUACCAUAGCUGACCUCUAGUGCCUGAACAGCUCAUGCGACAUCAUGAGCUUUUCUGUAAGAUAAUCGACGCCACGUCGCAGGUGAACCGAUGCCACCUGCUGGCCACUCUCUUCUACCUGUUCAAGCGCUCUGCUUCGGUUUCCGUUUUUCAGAAUGCAACUCAUUUUUCACUCACCGAUUUUAAGUAAAUAUACGGUCAUACAGUGUUGUUUGGGUACACUUGACAUUUAUGUACA